AUGGAUGCAAAGAAUUACCCUGAGCUAGGAAAUGUACUAGCAAGCACACAGUACAUUAAAGAGUUUGAUGAAAUCAUGGAAAAGUACACAGAUCGGUAUAGAGAUAUGUCAAAUAUAUAUGGCGUGCGAAUGUACAUAAUAAGAGACCUAUUCAAUACUUUAAUCAUAUAUUUUAUACGCAUAACUAUGUUUAGGCAUAUGCCAAAAGAACUAUAUAGAACUAUUUUUUGGGGUGGGCUUUUGCAGGUAUACGAUGAGACUCUUGAAGAGCAGUUUAUAGGCAUGCAAUACGCAGAAAGCCUGCUAACAAUGCGAAUACUGCGAAUCAAUAUUUAUACAGAAAUUCAAAAGAUGUUUGUAGCAGUCCGAAAUAACAUAUAUCUGUGGAUGAACAUGGUGAGUGCAAGCAGUCUUCACCAGGAUGCAUACUUUUCGAUUGAGUAUAUUUUUAGGAAUGCAAUUAUUUUGCAGCGGCAGAGCACUUGGCAUAUAGCAAAGGACGUAUUGAGAGAAUUUAGUGUAUUUUAUAAAGAGCGUGUGCAGCUAAGACUAGAUGUAACAGCAUACACGCUGGAUGAAUUGUAUACGAAAAAAACAGAGCACGGGGAUAGGUACAUAGAGUAUGGAAUGCGCAUGCUACUAGAGAACAAAGGAGUCCUUGAGGUAUUUAAUAAUAGGAAUACCCUGGGGCAUUCUCUGAAAAGCUGGUUUUAUUCAUUAAUUACAUGGAAUUCUGCAGACAAUGAAAAGGAAAUAGAGGAAAGAAAAAGAGACAUAGGCAUUAUUAUAGGGAUGGAUGAGCACUGGGAGGAAAUAUUAGAGGCCGAGUAUAACUUUCUAAGCUGCUUUUCUGUAGAGAACAUUAUGAUUCUAUUUCCAAUGACAGCUCCAUUGCGCACUCCAUCAUUCAAAAAUUUCCGGCAGCUAGAGCGGCUGGUCAAGGAAAAGGGAAUUUUAGAAUCAUUUAUAAAUUUAGAGAAUUUAGAAAAGUUAUUGACUAAUCCGUUUGUUUCUAAUAGAAUGAAAGAGAUUAUUUCCAGGAGGAUUCUAAGAACUAUUCAUUCUUUAAAGGCCGUGUAUAAUGACAAACGCCAAGUUUUGAUAUAUGAUAUGAUGAAAGAUAUGCAGACUUCAGGGAAGAUUGUGAAAUUGCCUAAGUUUAGGCCUGUCGUGUGCUAUGGUAUAGGGAUAAAACAGUGGGCACAAGGGAUAAGAAAUAUGUUUAUUAACAUAUACUGGAUACCAUUUUAUGCGUGGUUUAACCUAAAAUAUAACGAGUAUUGUGGAAUGCUAAUGAAGUUAAGUGCGUGUAUUUGGGUAAUGAAUAAAAUGGCAAAUUUACAGGUGAUUUAUUACAGAGUGUAUAAUGACUUAAAAGAUAAAAACAAUUCAUUCUGGAGUAGCGAUAUUGCUAAGAAUAUUCAAACUUGGAGGAUUUUUUCGUAUGCAACAUACAGACCAACUAUUACAAGAAUUAGAAACUCAUCAAAAGUAAACAGCACAAUUAAAGUAAUUGGGUCCACUAUAAUCACGAUUACAAGCGCCUGUAGUGAUGCCGUGAUAAAUAUAAUGCCAAUGGGAUAAUAAUAGCAGGCGCUGGAGUAGAUUAUAUUAUAUUUCUAAAAUAAUAAUUUGAAGAACAAGAAAUCUCUGUCUACUAGAAUAUAUAAACAAAUGAAUAAAAGUUCUGGGCAUUUUCGGCUGGACUUUGUUUAUAUAAUAAGAAGCCCUAUCUAUUUUUAGUAGCAAAUGAUUAGGCAUGUAUGUGCAGUAUUCGUGCCAGUAGAGUGUGUGCAGCGUAUAUGGAGGAUUUUUAAAAGAAUUCUGAAAUAACUGGAUUUAUACUAUUAUGUUUAUAAUAAAUGUUGCCAAGGG